AUGUUAUCAUUCAGAUUUAGUUCAACAAAAUUCAUUAAGUCUACAAUCAAAUCGCAUUCAAUAAUACAAAAACAUACACAUUCUAUCUUGUCAAAAAGAUUUCAAUCUACAGUUACCAAUAGUGAAGCAACAGAUUCCUUAAGAAACAAGGGUGUUGAUCAUAAUAACGGAAAUAGUAGUAAUAAUUUAGACAAGGAUGAUCGCGAUUUGUCAAUUCUACGUAUGAGGGAGUUUAACGAACAGGUUAUUAGAAAGUAUAAAGAAUUACAGCAAACACCUAUUGAAGAAUUAGGUAAUCUAGAUGAUAUCUUAAAUGCCCCCUUAACAGAGAAGGAAAAAUUAUUAGAUCAAGAAUUAUAUGAUUUUUUCAAAAAAUAUGCCGUUGAAAACAAGAUUUUGAAAAUUGAUGAACCAUCUUUAAACGUUGGUAGUAAUACAAGUGAUAGUAAUGGUGCCAAAGCCAUUUCUUCAAGUGUUAAAGAUCUUCCGUUUUUGGUCCCCACUCCGAAUGACAAGCCAUAUUCUUUUCAAGAGCUAUAUUUACGCCAAAUGAAACAUAUUGGAGGGUCCGGUAAAUUAGGUGCCAAAAUUAAAGACGUUUAUUUUUCAAAUGCCGAUAUUUACAAUCCACCAUCUAUCCAAGAUGUUACUAUUGAAAAGUUGAUAGCUGCAGGUGUUCAUUUAGGCCAGUCUACUUCCCUAUGGAGAUCAUCUACUCAAUCUUUUAUCUACGGUGAAUAUAAAGGUGUGCAUAUUAUUGACUUAAACCAGACGUUGUCUUCUUUGAAAAGAGCUUGCAGAGUUGUUGAAGGUAUUGUUGAAAGAGGUGGUAUCAUAUUAUUUUUAGGUACUAGGAAGGGUCAGAAAAAAGCUUUAAAGCAUGCAGCUGAAAUGACACAUGGUUAUUAUGUCUCUGAUAGAUGGAUUCCAGGGACAUUAACCAAUCCAACUGAAAUUUCUGGAGUCUGGGAAAGGCAUAAGGUUGAUAUGUUUGAUAGACCAACUGGGGAAACUUUGUCUCCUGAAGACAUUGAUAGUUUGGUUAAACCAGAUCUAUUAAUUGUUUUGAAUCCAACUGAAAACAAAAAUGCCUUAAGAGAGGCUAUGAAAACUAGAAUUCCUACCAUUGGUAUUAUUGAUACUGAUUCCGAACCUUCUAUGGUUUCCUAUUCUAUCCCAGGCAAUGAUGAUUCUUUGCGUUCUGUUAAUUUGAUUACUAGCGUUUUGGCCAAAGCUGGUGAAAUGGGGUUAAAAAGACGUUUAGCCAGAAGAGAAGAUUAG